UUGCUUCGGAUGGCCAUUCCAAGCAGCUCCCCUUCUCCAUUGCUCUCACAUUAGCCGCGCUUCCCAAGCAUGUGUUCGUCCGCGUCCCGUAGUAGUUCAACACCACCUACGUCUCACCACACGAGCAAUCAGAUGCCUCCGCUCCCUCUCAUCCGUUGCCCCGAAUGCAACGCCGGCUACGUCGUCUGGUUUGUCUCCGGUACAGAACUUAACCCAGGGAGGCACUUCUACAAGUGUGAACGGAAUGAGCACGGAGGUUGCAGGUUCUGGAAGUGGGAGAACAAGUACAUACAGUACUUGAGCGAGCGAUGGGGACAUCUGAUCUCGCACGCGAGCAUCCAUCGCCACGUCGCACUGCUCGAGCAGAACCAAGCAUUCUUGAAGAAGAUUUUCAUGCUGUGCCUCGCGAAUUUGGUGGUCAUGGUCACUAUCUCCAUCCACAAGUUAUGAAGUAUCAUCCGCCCUGCGCACGGACAUGGGCACGGCUAGCGCACUGCUGUAGUAUCAAAUUUAGUGUAUCCGUUACGCGUAGGUACUGCCGUUUCUUUUUGUAUGUUCUAGUAUCCCAUGCGUAUGUGCAUGUAUAGGUUACAACGUUUUAGCGAGCCCAUGCAGGCCGCGAGUGGGUGCGUAACCAAAUUAUCUGGAUGGCGUAUUGAGUGGGGCACCCACCGUAAUUAAACAUGUCUCAAAUCAGGAAACAGAUCCAUUGCGAGAUCAGAUGCAUUGUUAUUUACCUG